UCUAGAAGUACUUAUUUUUAAAAAAUAACACGUAUAUUAAUUGUAAUUUUUACGCAUCUGAGCCUAACAAUAAAGCAACAAACUGGCGGAGAAAAAAGUACAGAUGGCAUUAUGCCAAACAUCAGUGUUGAAAGUUUACCAUGCUGUUAUUGAGGAUGUAAUUUCAAAUGUGCGCGAUGCGUUUCUGGACGAGGGCGUGGAUGAGCAGGUGCUGCAAGAGAUGAAACAAAUUUGGCGCAACAAACUAUUAGCCAGCAAGGCGGUUGAAUUGAGUCCAGAGCCAGGCGAGCCGGGGCAUCACCCACCGCCCAUUGUGGCAAAUAAUCCAAAGAGCUCCAAGGCUGCUAACGUAAAAGCUAAGAAAGCGGCGGCCGCAGCAGCGGCUUCGCAACAGAAUGCCAGUGGCACAGGCGCCGGCAGCAACUCAAGCACAGACAACAAACCUGUCAUACCAACAGCUGGACUCAAGUUAUUAGGCAAUGCUGCAGCUGGAAGUGGAAUGAAAAACGGCAUUGGUGUAAUUGGUAAGCAGGAGGUCACAUCACAAAAUCCGCCACCGCUUCAACCUACAUCCGGUGCAAGCAUGAUGCAAAAACAGCAAGCUGGCAAUACCGCUUCCGGCGGACAGACACAAAUACCAAUUGUAGCUCAGCUGGAUCCCAAUCGUAUUAUGCCUGUAAAUAUUACGUUACCUUCACCGCCGGGCUCAGCAAGCUCUGAGUCACGUGUGCUGACCAUACAAGUGCCAGCAUCGGCACUGCAGGAGAAUCAGUUAACGCAAAUUUUGACAGCACAUCUGAUAUCAUCUAUCAUGUCAUUGCCCACCACCUUGGCCUCGUCCGUGUUGCAGCAGCACGUGAAUGCAGCGCUUAGCAAUGCCAAUCAUCAGAAAAAUUUAGCCAUUGCCAAGCAGCUUGAUGGCGCCUUAGAUUCCUCUGAAGAAGAUGAAAGCGAGGAGAGCGAUGAUAACAUGGACAACGAUGAUGAUGACGAUCUGGACAAGGACGAUGACGAUGAUGCAGAGCAUGAGGAUGCUGCCGAAGAGGAGCCCUUGAAUAGCGAGGAUGAUGUGACAGAUGAAGACGCUGCCGAAGUGUUUGACACAGAUAAUGUCAUUGUUUGCCAGUACGAUAAGAUCACACGUUCACGCAACAAAUGGAAAUUCUAUCUUAAAGAUGGCAUUAUGAAUAUGCGUGGCAAGGACUAUGUGUUUCAGAAAUCAAAUGGCGAUGCUGAGUGGUAAUUAAAAAGAGAAAUAGAACUCAAAUAAAAUCAAUCAAUUAAAUAAAAGACAAGACAAAAUGCCUCACCGUGCGCCUUCAAAAACGAUAUACAUUGCAACCAGAACAGUUGAACAGUUGCCAAAUAUCUCAAACUUAUUAAUAUUAGUUAUCAAACAAAUUCUAUUUUGCCUGCGUCACGUAGUGUUGCAUUUUAAUUAAACACAUUUGUAAUUGUAAUGUUUCUGAACUUUACACACCGCUGCAUAUUUAUGUCAAUAAACAACCAACAAUGUUAAGGAA